AUGGCGGGAGCGUCAGCAGCAGCAGCUACUACGGAGAUUAAUCUCCGCUUUGGAAUGCCGUUCUUGAACGGUUCGGAUCAUCUGUCUUCGUUGAGAAGUGUCAGUUCAUCAUUCUCUAUUCAAAUGAGGAGGAGUAGUGAAAGAGGAUGUUAUGGUGGGAAGAACGAUUUCUUCCCUGGCUUAUCGAUGAAGACGACGGAGGAGGACCAUAUUGUUGAUUUGGGGUCAGUCAACGUUGCUUUGGAUCUUUCGAGCAAUAAUAAUUCGGGGGGAACAAGUAUAUGUAAAAAUGCUCAGAGAAAAACGAAGAUAGUUUGUACGAUCGGUCCUUCUACGUGCACACGUGAAAUGAUAUGGAAAUUGGCAGAAGCUGGAAUGAACGUGGCGCGGUUAAAUAUGUCCCAUGGAGAUCAUGCUUCACACCAGAAAACUAUUGAUCUGGUUAAAGAAUACAAUGAACAAUUUGAAGACAAGGUUAUUGCCAUAAUGCUUGAUACCAAGGGCCCUGAGGUUAGAAGUGGAGACGUGCCACAACCAAUUUUGCUCAAGGAGGGACAGGAAUUCAAUUUUACCAUUAAAAGAGGAGUCAGCACCGAGACCUCUGUUAGUGUAAACUAUGAUGACUUUGUGAAUGAUGUUGAGGUUGGGGACAUACUACUGGUUGAUGGAGGAAUGAUGUCAUUUACAGUAAAGUCAAAAACAAAGGAUUUGGUUAAAUGUGAAGUUAUUGAUGGUGGGGAACUCAAAUCAAGGCGUCAUUUAAAUGUCCGCGGAAAAAGUGCAAGUCUCCCUUCAAUAACAGAAAAAGAUUGGGAAGAUAUCAAGUUUGGGGUGGACAACAGAGUUGAUUUCUAUGCUGUGUCUUUUGUAAAGGAUGCUAAAGUAGUCCAUGAAUUGAAAGACUAUCUCAAAAGCUGCAACGCGGAUAUUCAUGUCAUUGUUAAAAUAGAAAGUGCAGAUUCCAUACCAAAUCUUGAUUCGAUAAUUUCAGCAUCUGAUGGGGCAAUGGUCGCUCGAGGAGACCUUGGAGCUGAACUUCCAAUCGAAGAUGUUCCUUUGUUGCAGGAGGAGAUCAUUAGAAAGUGUCAUAGCGUGCUGAAACCCGUCAUAGUAGCGACGAACAUGUUGGAAAGCAUGAUAAAUCAUCCAACUCCAACAAGGGCAGAAGUAUCUGACAUUGCAAUAGCAGUAAGAGAAAGAGCUGAUGCAAUCAUGCUCUCUGGUGAAACCGCACAUGGGAAGUAUCCAUUGAAAGCAGUUAAAGUAAUGCACACGGUGGCAUUGAGGACUGAAUCAAGUCUGCUGAACAGCAAUACUGCUCCGACUCAUUCUGUUGCCUUUAAGAGCCAUACAAGUACCAUGUUUGCUUUCCAUGCAACCACAAUGGCAAAAACCCUUGGUACUCCUAUCAUUGUCUUCACAAGAACAGGAUCCAUGGCUGCACUUUUAAGCCAUUACCGGCCAUCUGCAACGAUCUUUGCCUUCACAAAUGUGGAACGGGUAAAGCAACGACUGGCACUCUAUCAUGGUGUAAUGUCCAUACAUAUGCAGUUCUCAGAUGACGCCGAGGAGACCUUCUCUCGGGCACUAAAUCUUUUGCAGAGUAAGAAACUGCUGGAGGAGGGAGAGCAUGUUACCAUUGUCCAAAGUGGAUUGCAACCAAUAUGGCGUAAACAAUCUACACAUCAUAUUCAAGUCCGUAAUGUCAAAGGGUGAGCCAUGUGCUUAGGAGGA